ACUUCCCAUUCCGUCCUCCGUUUCUCCUCCUCUGUCUGUCACCUGACGCACAUAUGAGACAGUGAGCGAGCAGCAUGCGGAGCGGGAGGUCGUGUUUCUCUUGUGGAGUUUGUCUCAGUUGGAUUUUGGGAAAGAUUCGCUGUUGUGGUGGGACAGAAAACUAUCCUGUGAUAAGUUCAGAGGUCAAAUCUGAGUCUGCUGCAUCGUUGCAGUCGCAGACAUCGGUGACAUCAUUGCCAACCAGUUCUCCGGGACCUAAACGCACUGGAACUACAGGAAACACCUUAAAAAAAUGGCUCACCAGCCCCGUACGACGUCUCAGCCACGGCAAGGGUGACAACACUAAUUCCAAAAAACCCAACAACAAACAACGUAAACGAGACGGCCGGAAGAGUGUCGAAUUGGGACAGGCACACCAAGACAGCACCGAAGAGAGAGGAAGACGAGGAGUGAACAGCGGAGGAGAGGAGGAGGCUGAGGACGAACCACACACACCCCUGCCUCCCCCCAUGGAGAUCAUCAAGGACCCCUCUGCUCAGGAGGAGACUCCAGAGCCCGGCUCUUUCCCAGUCUUGGGUAGCAUCACACCAUCUGAUCAGACGCCCAGAGACCCAGAAACAGAGCAGAAGAACAAGGCCAUGAGAGGGCGAAUGUUUGUGUUAAAUGAAAUGGUGCAGACAGAGAGGGACUAUGUGAAGGAUCUGGGUGUCAUUGUGGAGGGCUUUAUGAAAAGGAUUGGGGAAAAAGGUGUUCCGGAGGACAUGACGGGGAAAGAUAAGAUCGUAUUCGGGAACAUUCAUCAAAUCUACGACUGGCAUAAAGAGUUCUUCCUCUGUGAACUAGACAAAUGUCUGCAGGACCAAGACAGACUGGCUGAGCUCUUUAUCAAGCAUGAGAGAAGGUUACACAUGUAUGUCGUCUACUGUCAGAACAAGCCCUGCUCAGAGUUUGUCGUGGCUGAAUAUGAUGCAUUCUUCGAGGAGGUGCAGCAGGAGGUAAACUCCAGACUGUCCAUCAGUGAUUACCUGAUUAAACCCAUCCAGAGGAUCACCAAAUACCAGCUCCUGCUCAAGGACUUUUUGAAGUACAGCACUAAAGCAGGUCUGGACUGUAAAGAGAUAGAGAAAGCAGUUGAGCUGAUGUCCCUGGUGCCCAAACAAUGUAAUGACAUGAUGAAUCUUGGACGACUGCAGGGCUACGAGGGGAAGUUGACAGCUCAGGGAAAGUUAUUGCAGCAGGACACGUUCUUUGUGACAGAGCAGGACUCUGGCGUUCUGUCCCGCAGUAAAGAGCGCAGAGUGUUCCUCUUCGAACAGAUCGUCAUCUUCAGUGAGCUGCUUCGGAAGGGCUCGUCAACACCAGGUUACCAGUUUAAAAAGAGCAUUAAGGUGAGCUACCUGAGCAUGGAGGAACAUGUGGACAGCGACCCCUGUAAGUUUGUGCUGUCAUGUCAUGGCUCAUCUGAACGACUGACACUACAGGCCGCUAACAUCGACAUCAAGAAAGAGUGGGUCCAAAGCAUCCGAGAACUGCUGGACAUGCAGAUCAACUUCCUCACGGCUCUCCAGAACCCUCAGAAAAGCCAAAAAAAAGAAAGUGGAGGUUCUUUGACGAGGCAGCUGUCCAAUAGCAGCCGUUCCUCAUCCUCUCAUCCCUCCACCCCCCUCAAACCCAACACCGCCCCCAAUGGAAGCCCCACACACAAGCCCAAUAAGCAUGUAGAGGAGGAGUUGGAUGAGGGGGAGUGUAACGGCCUGUCAUUGGUGCUAGUGACGCAGCAUUACAACGCUGUGAAGGAGGACGAGAUCUGUGUGGUGGUUGGUGAGAAGGUACAGAUCCUGGCGUCCAAUCAGCAGAACAUGUGCCUGGUUUACCGACCUGCAAACAGCCAAUCGCCUGCUGCAGAGGGCUGGGUUCCGGGUCACGUGCUUUCUUCAACUCGGUAAAGCCAUGCCCCCUCAACGCCUCGGAAUAAACCACUACUCACAUUUACCAGCCUACUCUCGGAAAGCAUGCCAAGACAUGCCACUCAACCUCCUGUUAAGCUACUGUUGGUCAGUCAGAACAGGAAGUCACAGCCCUUUCCCCUGCCACCAUAUAGUUGAGGAUUAAAGAUGCACGCUGCAAAAAAAAAUGGUGCGAUAUCACCUCCCAUAGUCAAUAUGGUCAAAAAAUAAAUGUAAUAAAAGGAAGCUCAAGAAAAUAUAUUAUAUUGCUAAUAAUGAAAAAAAGAUUGUGUUGUAUAGAGAGGAAACUAAGGUGAACUUGUCAGUGAAUUACGUGUGGAUGUGUAUGGAUGUUAACGUAGUCCUUUCUCAUCAACAUGCUCCAUUACGCGCAACGGACUGUUUUUAAAUGGGGCUCUCCCUUUUUCCCUGUCUGUCUAUGCCAAGUCAUUUGCACACUGUGUAUAUUUUCUUUUACUGAGAUUUUAUUUUUGGAAAGGUUUUUUUUUUUCUUUUUUUUUCCCUAAGUGUCUCAAUUGUUUUUUGCAUAUAUUAGUCGUUGCACAUUAAUUAUUUUUCUUUAAGUUUUGUCAACCAGUUCAGUGUUCUGUACAAAGUAUUCUGCACUUUUCCAACAAAUAGUUGUGCAAUAUCACAACCGUCACAAUGCUCAUAACUGUACUUGUAACUAAAGAUUUAAAUGUAUUAUUCUGUAUCAUUUUAAAUAUGUAUAUACUAUUUUUGCCAUAAUAGAUACACAGCAGAGGAAAAUCUUCCCUCUUUUCUUGUCAGGCUCAAGAAAAAAAAAAACUUACUAACCCUGGUAGUCUGCACUGCCUCCAAAACCUAAAUAGGAUAUUCAUUUUACAUUCAACAUCAUCAGAUUUAGUAUGUAAUAAGUUAUCAUCUGAAUCAUAUCAGAACUCAGUCGAUUAAAAAUGGAUGUUGUUGAUUUCUGAAGAGUAGUCUCUGCUGUCAGCGUUCAGAUCUCAGAUAUAUGUGUAAAUAAACAUACAAAAAUAAUAAAAUAAUUCUAGCAGGUAUUUCACUUGUUAAACUCUGGAAUGUUGUUCAUAAUAAAGCUGACAAUUUUUCAUCUUGGAAAA